AUGAAUUGGCAACAGACACCGCUGCACUACGCCUAUAGCUAUGGGUUCGAGAGCUUCGGGGAGUAUCUCAUAUCCAAAGGAGCGGACGACAGCAUUCUCAAUGCUGACGGUUUGACAUGCUACGAGGGUCUCAAUCAUGACAAGCUCGGGCAGCUGUGAUGCUUUGGUGUCCAAGCAACCGAUUGACACUGUCAGCCUCGGAGACGCGUGCGGAGAGCUCGUUGCUGCGAUGCCUGCUCCACAGGGGAAGGAAGCUUUAGUAGUCUUGUUUUUUUGUGUGGAACUUAGAGUUUCUGCGAAGGUGGAUAGCUGUCUUGAAGAUUUGCUUUUUGUCGGCGACAGAAAAUAUUGAUGAUACCCAGGAUGUCUCGUGUUUGUAUUCGGUGGUUUUCGUACUUCGCGUGUUUCCCUUUCUGAUCUUAUGGUUGAAGCUCCGCGAGGUUCCUUGUGUAGACUCGAUGUGAUAUGAGUGAUGCUGUCCAAAACCUCAGCAAACGCGUUCCAAGAUAGUAGUCUAGUCUGGAUCACGGUUGAGUGCGAAAGGUCUGGAUAGAAGAAGUGAAAACCAAAACAACAGCGGGAAGAGAGGAGGAGCAGAAAUUGGUCCCGCGGUAGAAAUAUGUCGACAUCGAGAGCAAAACAACGUCGUAACAAUGUCCGAGCAACGACUCGUUACAACUUAACUGAGAGGCACAAAGGU